AUGGACAUAAGUGAUGAAGAUUCUGCGUCUUUAUUUUGUGAUAGCUCAGAUGAAUUUUUACCAGAGGAGACCGUAAGCGAAACCGGAAGUUCUGAUGAAGGAAUCACAUCAGUGAAGGUAGGAAGAAGAGUUUUAUGUCCACAUUCGGUCAAAGAACCAGACUUCACAGCUGUAAAAACCAGACAACAAAGCACCUCUAACCGUGUUAGUGCCAUAACUACUGCAGUUGAUUCAGGUUCAAUUGAAGUAAGUGUAAUAUCAGAAAGUUCUGAAGAUGAAGAUGACACACUGAGAACAAAUUCUAAUGAGAUUGAAGGACACCAUACGAUUUCUUCAAAUAUUUUGAAAACUUAUGAAAUUUCAGAAUGUGUGACUCAACAAACUAAUUUGUACGCAAAACAGGUCUUACAAAGUCAUUCAGUAACUGUCAAUUCACGACUGAAAAAGUGGACUGAUGUCAGCGAAACUGAAAUUGAACAAUUUUUAGGAUUUUUGUUAUGGAUGUCAUCAAAUGUAAAACCGAGGAUUCCAAAUUAUUGGCCAAGAAAUAUGCUCUAUCACAACAAUGUGAAAAAUGUUAUGUCACUGCUUUUACAGGUGCCUGAGAAAGAAGUUUGCAUUGAUGAAACACUUGUGCCAUUUCGAGGAAGACUAAAUUUCAUUCAGUAUGUAAAGAAUAAGCUCCAUAAAUUCGGAAUUAAAUUUUUCAAACUUUGUCUAAAGGGUAGCUACACCUGGAAUAUGAAAGUUUAUUGUGGGAAGAAUGUGAAUCCUGGUGUUCCUCUUGCCACUUCUGUUGAUAUGAGCCUUAUGAGUGGAUUACUAAAUGAGGCACACCAGAUUCUUGGACAAUCAACACAUAUAGUUGGUAUUCUAAGAUCAAACAGAAAACUGAAUCCUCAAGAUGUUGUACAGGCAAAACUGAAGAAGGGGGAACACAAAGCAAAGGAAAGUACCGCAGGUGUAGUAGUACUGAAAUGGAAAGGUAAGAGGGAUGUUCUGAUGCUGAGUACUGUUCACGGAGAAGAAGAAGCAGAAGUUCAAACCAAGAAAGGCACAAUGAAAAAACCAGCAAUGAUAAUUGCCUAUAAUCAGUCAAAGUCUUUUAUAGAUCUUUCUGACCAGAUGAAGUCGUACUCGCAUUGUCUAAGGCGGCGUGUGAAAUGGUACAGGAAGCUUGCAAUUGAAUUGUUGGCAGGGUCAGCAUUGGUAAAUGCUCAUGUGAUUUAUUGA